CAGUCAAUUCAUUCAAUCAUGGCUUCAUGCUUAGUGUGUGACUCCACAGUCCACAGAGCUGGACGGAAUGCCCUUCAAUGUGACCAUUGCUCAGGAUGGCAACACAGAAGAUGCAAUACCGGUAUAUCGCAAGACCUCUCAAACCAGCUGCACAACGGACAUGCGGACAUCAAGUGGACCUGCAACAAAUGCUGUGACAUGACUGCCACAGAUCGAUCCUCUGGAGACCAUCACCCUGCGUCCACACCCUUGCUGGAUGAACCCUGGUCCCCUGCGUCCUGGGCAGCACCCAUGGAGGAGCCCCUAGAUGACCAUCCAGGUGGAUCAUCUUACGAAGUUGUCGAGGCUGGGACAAAGAGAGGACGUCCGCAGUUGAUCGACAACCUGGGCUUCUGUUUUAGCAUUGUCCAUCGUCUCGCCAACUCCAUAACCUGGAGAUGUACUGCCCGUCCGGUAGGCGCACCAUGCAGAGCCAAAGUGGUGGAGCGUGAUGGCACGUUUGAAGCAGGACAGCACCAGCACAACCACGCACCCAACAUUGGCGCUGCCACAGCAGUCAAAGUUGCAGCCCGCGUGAAGAGAGAGGCAGCGAGUGACUUGUCUAAGUCGGCAGCAGCCAUCGUUCAAGAGGUGUUGCUCGAGGAACUCAGUGAUGCAACUUGCUCAGCACUCUCAAAGCCGGGAGCCUUGGCAAGGGCAGCCAAUCGCCAUCGCCAGAAGAUUAGACCAUCCUUUUCCAGAGGGAAUGUCAGAGUGAGCAGGGUCAACAAACGGCGACACCCUGCAUCCGCACCACCCCCAGUUGCCUCCUUGGACCCUGCAUCCCAAACAGGGACCAACACGUCCACGGAGGAGUCCCAACCAAUGGAAGAUAUGAUGUCGGACAACCAGCCAGCGGCAUCGUCUUACAAAGUUGUCGAGGCUGGGACAAAGAGAGGACGUCCACAGUUGAUAGACAAGUUGGGCUUCUGUUUUAGCAUUGUCCAUCGUCUCGCCAACUCCAUAACCUGGAGAUGUACUGCCCGUCCAGUAGGCGCACCAUGCAGAGCCAAAGUGGUGGAGCGUGAUGGUACGUUUGAAGCAGGACAACACCAGCACAACCACGCACCCAAUGUCAGCGCUGCCAGAGCAGCCAAAGUUGCGGCCCGCGUGAAGAGAGAGGCAGCGAGUGACUUGUCUAAGCCGGCAGCAGCCAUCGUUCAAGAGGUGUUACUCGAGGAACUCAGUGAUGCAACUUGCCCAGCACUCUUAAAGCCGGGAGCCUUGACAAGGGCAGCCAAUCGCCAUCGCCAGAACCUGAGACCACCAUCCUCUCAGGGGAACGUUCGAGUGAGCAGGGUCAACAAACGGCGUCACCCUGUAGAACAUGCAAUACCGGUAUAUCGCAAGACCUCUCCAACCAGCUAUGUCAAAGAGAUGCAGACAUCGAGUGGACCUGCAACAAAUGCAUCCACACCCUUGCUAGUUGCUGCCUUGGCCCCUACAUCCCAGACAGGGAACAACACGUCCAUGGAGGAGUCCCAACCAGGGGAAAGGAAGGUGUUGGACAAUCAGCCAGUGGCAUCAUCUUACGAAAUUGUUGAGGCUGGGACAAAGAGAGGGCGUCCACAGUUGAUAGACAACCUGGGCUACUGUUAUGGUGUUGUUCGUGGUGUACUCAAUGCCGUAACCUGGAGAUGUACUGCCCGUCGGGUAGGCACAGGAUGCAGAGCCACAGUGGUACAGCGUGAUGGUGUGUUUGAAGCAGGCCGGCACCAGCACAACCACGCACCCAACGUUGGUGCUGCCACAGCAGCCAAAGUUGCUGCCCGCGUGAAGAGAGAGGCGGCGAGUGACUUGUCUAAGCCGGCAGCAGCCAUCGUUCAAGAGGUGUUGCUCCAGGAACUCAGUGAUGCAACUUGCCCAGCAAUCUCAAAGCCGGGAGCAUUGGCAAGGGCAGCCAAUCGCCAUCGUCAGAACCUGAGACCAACAUCUUCUCAGGGGAACGUUCGAGUGAGCAGGGUCAAGAAACAGCGACACCCUGCAGAACAUGCAAUACCUGUAUAUCGCAAGACCUCUCCAACCAGCUGUGCAAAGGAAAUGCGGGCAUCGAGUGGACCUGCAACAAAUGCAUCCAUACCCUUGUCAGUUGCCCCCUUGACCCCUACAUCCCAGACAGGGAACAACGCGUCCAUGGAGGAGUCCCAACCAGUGGAAAGGAAGGUGUUGGACAAUCAGUCAGUGGCAUCGUCUUAUGAAGUUUUCGAGGCUGGGACAAAGAGAGGACGUCCGCAGCUGAUAGACAACCUGGGCUACUGUUAUGGUGUUGUUCGUGGUGUACCCGAUGCCGUAACCUGGAGAUGCACCACCCGUCCGGUAGGCACAGCAUGCAGAGCCACAGUGGUACAGCGUGAUGGUGUGUUUGAAGCAGGACGGCACCAGCACAACCACGCACCCAACGUUGGUGCUGCCACAGCAGCCAAAAUUGCAGCCCGCGUGAAGAGAGAGGCAGCGAGUGACUUGUCUAAGUCGGCAGCAGCCAUCGUUCAAGAGGUGUUACUCGAGGAACUCAGUGAUGCAACUUGCCCAGCACUCUCAAAGCCGGGAGCAUUGGCUAGGGCAGCCAAUCGCCAUCGUCAGAACCUGAGACCACCAUCCUCUCAGGGCAAUGUUAGAGUGAGCAGGGUGAAGAAACGACACCCUGCAGAACAUGCAAUACCGGUAUAUCGCAAGACCUCUCCAACCGGCUGUGCAGAGGAGAUGCGGACAUCGAGUGGACCUGAAUUGAAUGCAUCCACACCACCGCCAGUUGCCUCCUUGGCCCCUACAUCCCAGACAGGGAACAACGCGUCCACGGAGGAGUCCCAACCAGAGGAAGGGAAGGUGUUGGACAAUCAGUCAGUGGCAUCAUCUUACGAAGUUGUUGAGGCUGGGACAAAGAGAGGACGUCCGCAGUUGAUAGACAACCUGGGCUACUGUUAUGGUGUUGUUCGUGGUGUACUCAAUGCCAUAACCUGGAGAUGUACUGCCCGUCCGGUAGGCACACCAUGCAGAGCCACAGUGGUACAGCGUGAUGGUGUAUUUGAAGCAGGCCGGCACCAGCACAACCAUCGACCCAAUGUCGGCGCUGCCACAGCAGCCAAAGUUGCAGCCCGCGUGAAGAGAGAGGCGGCGAGUGACUUCUCUAAGUCGGCAGCUCUCAUCGUUCAAGAGGUGUUGCUCGAGGAACUCAGGGAUGCAACUUGCACUGCACUCUCAAAUACAGUAGCCUUGGCGAGGGCAGCCAAUCGCCAUCGGAAGAAGAUCAGACCAUCCUUUUCCAGAGGGAAUGUCAGAGUGCUCAGGGUCAACAAACGGCGACACCCUGCAUCCGUACCACCGCCAGUUGCCCCCUUGGCCCCUGAAUCCCAAACGGGGAACAACGCAUCCAUGGAGGAGUCCCAACCAGUGGAAGAGAUGGUGUCGGACAACCAGCCAGUGGCAUCAUCUUAUGAAGUUGUCGAGGCUGGGACAAAGAGAGGACGUCCGCAGUUGAUAGACAACCUGGGCUACUGUUAUGGUGUUGUUCGUGGUGUACCCGAUGCCGUAACCUGGAGAUGCACCACCCGUCCGGUAGGCACAGGAUGCAGAGCCACAGUGGUACAGCGUGAUGGUGUGUUUGAAGCAGGCCGGCACCAGCACAACCACACACCCAACGUUGGUGCUGCCACAGCAGCCAAAAUUGCAAUCCGCGUGAAGAGAGAGGCGGCGAGUGACUUCUCUAAGUCGGCAGCUCUCAUCGUUCAAGAGGUGUUGCUCGAGGAACUCAGUGAUGCAACUUGCCCAGCACUCUCAAAGCCGGGAGCAUUGACAAGGGCAGCCAAUCGCCAUCGGAAGAAGAUUAGACCAUCCUUUUCCAGAGGGAAUGUCAGAGUGCUCAGGGUCAACAAACGGCGACACCCCGCAUCCGUACCACCGCCAGUUGCUCCCUUGGCCCCUGCAUCACUAACGGGGAACAAGGCAUCCAUGGAGGAGUCCCAACCAGUGGAAGAGAUUGUGUUGGACAACCAGCCAGUGGCAUCAUCUUACGAAGUUGUCGAGGCUGGGACGAAGAGAGGGCGCCCACAGCUGAUAGACAACCUGGGCUACUGCUUUAGAGUUGUCUAUCGUGCAUCCAAUGGCGUCACAUGGAGAUGUACUGCCCGUCGGGUAGGCACAGGAUGCAGAGCCACAGUGGUACAGUGUCAUGGUGUAUUUGAAGCAGGCCGGCACCAGCACAACCACACACCCAACGUUGGCGCUGCCACAGCAGCCAAAAUUGCAAAACGUGUGAAGAGAGAGGCAGCAAGUGACUUGUCUAAGCCGGCAGCAGCCAUUGUUCAAGAGGUGUUACUCGAGGAAGUUGGUGACAUGCCUUGUCCGGCACUCCCAAAGCCGGAAACCUUGGCAAGGUUAGCAAAUCGCCAUCGGCAGAACAUGAGACCAUCAUUCUCCCAGAAGAAUGUCCAAGUGAGUAGGGACAACGAAAGCCUGCCCUUGGCCCCUGCAUCCCAGACAGGGAAGAACACAGCCAUGGGGGAGUCCCUAGAAGAGCAACCAGUGGAAGAGACGGUGUUGGGUGACCAGCCAGUGGCAUCGUCUUACGAAGUUGUUGAGGCUGGGACGAAGAGAGGGCGCCCACAGCUGAUAGACAACGUGGGCUACUGCUUUAGAGUUGUCCAUCGUGCAUCCAAUGGCGUCACCUGGAGAUGUACUGCCCGUCGGGUAGGCACAGGAUGCAGAGCCACAGUGGUGGAGCGUGAUGGUGUAUUUGAAGCAGGCCGGCACCAGCACAACCAUAGACCCAACGUCGGCGCUGCCACAGCAGCCAAACUCUUCGCCUGUGUGAGGAGAGAGGCGGCGAGUGACUUGUCUAAGUCGGCAGCAGCCAUCGUUAAAGAGGUGUUGCUCAAGGAAGUCAGUGAUGCACCUUGCCCAGCACUCUUAAAGCCGGGAGCAUUGGCAAGGGCAGCCUAUCGAAUUCGGAAGAAGAUGAGACCAUCAUUGUCCAGGGGGGUCAUCCGAGUGAGCGGGGACAUGGAACGCAGACACUCUGUAUCCACAUCCUCACCAGUUCCCCCCUUGUCCACUGUUUCUCAGACAAUGAACAAAGAGUCCACGGAGGAGUCCCAUGAAGUCCAGCCAGUGGAAAAGAUGGUGUUGGAUGACCAGCCAGUGGCAUCGUCUUAUGAAGUUGUCGAGGCUGGGAGCAAGAGAGGACGCCCACAGCUAAUAAACAACCUGGGCUACUGCUUUGGUGUUGUCCGUCGUGCACCCAACGGCGUAACCUGGAGAUGUACUGCCCGUCGGGUAGGCACAGAAUGCAGAGCCACAGUGGUACAGCGUGAUGGUGUGUUUGAAGCAGGCCGGCACCAGCACAACCACGCACCCAACGUUGGUGCUGCCACAGCAGCCAAAGUUGCUGCCCGCGUGAAGAGAGAGGCAGCGAGCGACUUGUCUAAGUCGGCAGCAGCCAUCGUUCAAGAGGUGUUGCUCAAGGAAGUCAGUAAUGCACCUUGCCCAGCACUCUCAAAGCCGGGAGCCUUGGCAAGGUUAGCAAAUCGGCAUCGGCAGAACCUGAGACAAAACCCGCCAAGCAAGCGAAACCGACCAAGCAGGGAGAACAAACAGAAGCCAGCAAGCAAGCGUGCAAGAGAAGAUUUUCAGCAAGUGGACUAACUUCGCUAAUUGACUUUUUCCAGCAGACUUUUGUGUGGCUGUAGCCACUUGGGUCAUCCGAGAGGACAUUCGGCAAGUGGACAAGAAAUAAUACUGUGUACGAACAGACAAAAAUCAUUUUAUUUUUUAUUUUUACGUUAACAUUUGAGUUGUUAAAACUGUGUGUCAUGUUGUAAAUAAGGACCUUUUUUGAACUUUUAUUUCAAUGCUUGGAUCUGUCCCGUGUGUCAUGGUUUUGAGCCCUACUGUAACACGCCUAGACGUGUUUGAAUACAAUCACUUUUUGACUUUUACUCCUGCACUGUUCACUGUUUAGACUAUUUCAUUAACUGCGUUACUGUAGUACUUGCACUUGCAUCUUUUCCUUGUUUGCAGUAAAUAAAGGGUGUUU